AUGUCGGUGCAGGGCGUCGUGCUGGCGUGCGGCGGCGAGCGUCGCUUCGGCGACCUCGUCACCCAGGACCGCCCGCGUCACAUGCUCGACCUCGGGUUCAACCCGAUCGUGUGGCACGCGCUCCAGACGCUGGAGCACGGUGGCGUGAAGGACGUACGGCUGGUGGCGCGCGGCGAUCACGCCGCGUCGCGCUUCGAGGCGUGGCUGCGGGAGGGAUACGACGGCGGAUGCGACGUGCAGGUUGUCGCCGCCGCCGAUGACGCGGACACCGCCGACGCCCUGCGCGCCGCCAUGCCCACCGUGAACCCAGACGCGCAGGUCCUCGCGGUCAUCUCCGGUGACCUCGUGACGGACGUGCGCCUCUCCGACGUCCUCGCGACGCACGUGCGCGGCGGCGCGGUGGCGACGUGCUUACUCGCCAAGCGCCGCGCCUGGAACGGCGUGGACAUGAAGGUUGGCCGGCCGCCCAAGGGCGCGCACUACGUCGGCCUCGCGAACGACAAACUCCUCCUCAUGGCGGACGAGGAGGACGUCGACAAGGUGCUCAAGCUGAGAAGGCCGAUGCUGGGCCGAGUGCGCGACCUCGUCGUGCACACCGACUUACUCGACGCGCAGCUGUACGUGCUGGACAGGGCGCAGGUCAAGACGAUGCUCGACGACAAACCACGCAUGACCUCGCUGCAGCUCGACGUCAUACCCGCGCUCGUGCGAAGGCAGUUCCGAGCACAGCCGGCGGGGUCGGCCGGGCCCGAACAAGCGGUUCAAUCGCACGUCACCUCCGAAACCUCCGACGACGGGCUCAUGGAGGCGGUCUUCGGCGUCGCGAACCAAGGGGCGGGCCACGGAGGCGGGACAUCGACCCCGUCCCCCCCGACCACCCAACCGUGCUGCGCGCACCUCGCCCCAGACGACGCUUACUGCGCCAGGGUCGACACGGUGGUGCCGGCGCUGCUCGAGGUGAGCCGGGAAAUCGCGUCUUCGCAACCCGGCGACGCCGCGCACCUGAACGGUCGAAAGAUGAGCAAGUACGAGAACUUCGUCGAUCCGAGCGUGGUGAUCGGCGGAAAGAGCACCAUCGGGCCGGGUUGCGUCGUGAACGCGGGCACGCAGUUUGGGGAAAAGUGUAGCGUCAAGCGGUCGGUGGUUGGCGCCGGGUGCCACGUGGGCAGCGGGGUAAAGCUGGUCAACUGCGUGGUGAUGAACCGAGCGACGAUCGAGGACGGCGCGACGGUGCAGGGGAGCGUCAUCGGACCCCGAGCGGUGAUCGGCGCGGGGGCGAGCCUUCGGGAGUGCCUGGUGGAGGCGGAGUUCGAGGUUGAGGAGGGCGACGACGUCCGCUCGGAGACGCUGCGGAACAAGUCCCGGUGA